AUGGCUGUAGAGCUUUCAUCUGACUGCGAGUGUCCUAACUGUACAGAGGAUGCUGAGAGUGAGUCUGAUUGGAAUCUCUAUUCCAAAAUAAGAGAAAAUGGUUCCUUAUAUUCAAGAUCAAAGAAGAAACGCCUUCCUCCUUUGGGUGUACAGAGCUGUCCUCCCCAGUGUUGUUUCACUAAGCAGGAGAGUGACAAAGAAGACUCAGCAUUUUUUCCUUCAAAGGAAGAAGAUUCUGUAGGGUAUUCUCAAAACAAUUAUCUUAGGCUGAGCCCUGAGGGUAUCCAAAGGAAAAUCAAACUAUCGCAAGAGCUGACUAUCCAAGAUUUACUAAGGGAGUUUGGGAUUAGUGGGAAGUUCCAAUCAAACUCCAUGUCUGUGGGCCACUUCAGAGAUCAUGUGGUUAUGAAAUUCCGAAGAGCUCUGUACUAUUCUGGAAUCUGGGUUUCCCAUGUUCAGGGCAACAGACAUGAAAAGCAUUUUUCAGCUAAAUAUUUUCAAAACAAUCCUGGGAGCCUACAUCGUCUAGUUCCCUGGCUAAAACGGGAACUAAGAGCUGUUUAUGGAGAUUAUGGCUACACAGUGAAGAAUAUCCUAGCUGCCAUCCUCCAUCAUAUGACCAAAUAUGAUUUGGACAGUGAGUCCUUCAUUCACCUCUUGGAACCUUAUCUUUUACAACAUACCCACCAUUUUCUGCAUGAGUUUAUCAGUUUUGUUCAUUCACCUUACAACAUGCAGGCCUAUGACCAACGAGCCAUCUAUGAAUGCCCUUCUGUUUCAACAUGGGCAACAAAGAAAUCUGUUGCUUUUGGUCCUAUUUUACCUUUGUCUAAAGACCAUAACUUGAUGAUGUCUCAGCAUGAUAAAAAGCAAACUAAAGACAACCAGGGUCAAUGGAAUAAGGAGGUCAGAUCUGAGUCUCACUUGAAACAGUUUCCAAAUGGUAACUCUUUUGUGAAAAAUUUGGAAGUGCCACAAGUUCAUCAUAAAAUAGCAAGCAAAGUCCCUAAUUGGACCAAAGCCAGACCAGAAUCAGACAAUCACAAAGCCACAAUUUCUCCUGAAAAUAUGCUUCUGAGUUGGGCUACCCAAAGGGAAAGUGGCCCAAGAAUCCUUAACUGCAAAAACCGUGUUCAAGAGAGGAACAAAGAAGGGAAAAAGUUGUAUCCUAGUAACAUCCAAGAUCUGAAAAAGACUGAAGCAAUGACACACUCCAUUAGCACCCCAGAAAUUUCUAAUCAGGAGAAGCUGCAGCGAUACAAUCCCAGAGAAGGAAGGGGUUUGCAUAUUGGCCCCCAGAUAAAUUUCCGGAAAAAACAAAUAGAAAAUCCCAAAUACUCAGAUUCCUCACCAAAAGUUUUUCAAAGACUAUCCAGAGAAAGAUCUUUAGUAAAUAGCCAACCUAGAAAGAGAGAUCCUUCUUGCAGUUUCAUGUCAGAAAAUGGCCUCUCUCCUAAGAGAAAUGGUAGACCCCUGAGUUCUUUCAGGACAAAAAUGUCCAAGUGCAGACCUUCUUCCCCAUUUAUUGAAGUUGAUUCACACCACAAUAGAAGAAUCCAAAGGCAAGGGAGGUCGAGUACCCAGAGAUCUGAAUGCUGGUGUUUUGACAACAGAAGGAGCUUUGAUGGCCAAGACCCAAGUAAUCUCUCUCCGGAAAUAAGCCACAGAGGUGGCUUCUUCACCCAGAAUAUAGUCUGUGGGUCCCCAAAAGAGAAGCAUGAGCACAGCCAUGAAUCCAACUAUAAGCGGACAUCCUUGACCCCAACCCAGUAUCUGAAACUUUCUUCAACAGCUGAGAAGAGGCCCCAAUGUCCUUGUAAAGCUGGAGGUGCUUCCCAAACUGAGAGCCCCUGUAACAGUCCCUCCCACCUACAUAUUGUGAAACAAAGAUCUCCCAGUAAAGGGGAGAUGAAGGAAAAAGCCAUGUUUUCUGGAACUAAACGAACCAAAGGGGUCAGUCACAGGAAAACCAAAAGCCAGCACUUGCACAUACAAACCACAGAGGAAGUCAGUGAUGAAUCGGGGGAUCUGAGUGAUACUGGGCAAAAGAACGGUUUUUUUGAAUGUUCCCUUUCCUGCAGGAGGCACAUCUCCUAA